AUGUCUGAUGGUUUCGGCCUUCAGCGACCCAACUUCCAUAUUGGAUACCACAACUCGAACAGCAAUGAGCCCCUCACUGAUAUACAGUAUGGCCAUCUGCUCAACCAUGGUCUGGCCUUUGUAACGACUCCCAUCACAAACACUCACUUCCGAGACCGCGUCUUUGCGCUAGUGUCUGAGCAUCUUUCUACCCUCUCCAGCAAUGGCGAGAAGCCGACCACUACGGCGACUGGCUCACGGGCAGAGCCCAUUUUGCCCCCUCUGACUACUAAGGACACAGGCCUGUUUCCUUGCGCUGCUGUCAACACUUAUACUGCAGUUAUCAGCCCCUGGAUCGACCUUGGCUCUUCUAAUCCCAUCAUCUCCAGCAUCUCUCGCCAAGUACUCAACGUUGAGAUUAACUACGCCAACUUCUGUGGUGUUCGUAGCAUUAUCAUCCCCGGACCUCGACAGGAUGCUUCUAUUGAUGGCGGAAACCAGAGUCUCGCCCAGUACUCUCGUGCUGUCGAGGAAGCUCUUACCGUUGGCAACCGCCUCACCUUUCUGGUCCAAAUGCCCAUGUACCGAGAACCUGGACAAGAGUCAAAAGAAGUCAACAUCUCUUCGCUUGAUGUGAAGACUCCUACCAAAACCGAAGGGAAGGAGAUUGACCUUUUAGCUGCGUGGGAUUCAUGGCACCACGUCCGCAGUGUUUGCAACUACAACACUAGACUCUUUGUCUCUUUGGAGAUCCCUCGUGUGAUGCCCGAGAAAGCCCUGCAGGACCGUUGGUUCGCAGAACCUCUGCACUACCUCACUUUCAGCCCAUCCACUUUUCAAGCCAACAAGGCUGGUUUCCCUUCGCUGUCCAAGCACCACCAGAAUCUCAUCUUCUCGUACAUGAGAUUGAAGAAUGUACCAUGGAUCCUUCUUUGUGACGUUGGUCCUGACGUCUCUCACCUCAAUGAGAGCCCUCAAGCUCCGCCUACUUCCCAGGUCGAGUUUCCCAGCCUCUCUGAAGCAGAGACACAGAAUCAGUUGCCCAAGGGACAAGCUUCCCAAGUCAAGACCAACGACUAUAUCUCCUACCUUCGAUGGCUCGAAGACCAGCAGCCUCCAUUCACCUACCUUGAGAGUCCUACCCUGACCAGCUUCCAGGACUGGCUGCAAUCACCUCUCCAACCCCUGUCCGACAAUCUUGAGUCAGCUACGUACGAGGUUUUCGAAGGAGAUCCAGUCAAGUACAGUCAGUACGAGAUUGCUGUGUUCGAGGCCCUCACAGAGUGGAAGGAGCUGAAGAAGCCUCUCUCCAAGGAGGGCAAGGUUGUUGUUGCGGUUGCUGGUUCGGGUCGUGGCCCAUUGGUCACUCGGGCUCUUAAGGCAUCUGAAGAUGCUGGAGUGCCGAUUGACAUGUGGGCGGUUGAAAAGAACCCCAACGCAUAUGUCUAUCUUUUGCGCCAAAACGAGCUUGUCUGGGGCGGCAAGGUCAGGGUUGUCAAGACUGAUAUGCGUGCUUGGAAGGGCCCUGUCGUCUCUGAAGACGAGAAUGGACCUGUGUAUGGCAAGGUUGAUAUCCUCAUCUCCGAACUGCUCGGGUCUUUUGGAGAUAACGAGCUGUCGCCUGAGUGUCUCGAUGGUAUCCAGCACGUCAUGUCCACCCCUCAUGGUAUUUCAAUCCCCAGCAGCUACACCGCCCACAUGAGUCCUAUCUCAACACCCAAGAUUCAUGGCGAUAUUCUCUCGCGGGUACCUGGGGAUCCCCAUGCCUUCGAGACUCCUUGGGUUGUCCGGCUUUUCGCUCUCGAUUUCGUCGCCGAGCGAGUGCCCAACAAGCCCCGAUUCCAAGAGGCUUGGGAGUUCUCGCACCCUAUUCCUGAAUCAUCGCUCGCUGCUCUCGAAGCAAAGCGGUCAGGUGGUGUUGUCGGAGGCGGCGGUGGUAGCAUGGCCGGUGCUGCUGGCGCCAACGAUCACAACUCGCGGUAUUGCCAUCUCACGUUCGUCUGCCGAACAAGGGGCGUCACCCAUGGUUUGGCCGGGUACUUUGAGUCAACGUUGUAUGAGUCUCAAAUCCCCGACAACAAGGGCGCAAAGAUUGAGAUUAGCACACACCCCGAACGUAUUGAUGACAAGAGCAAGGAUAUGAUCUCUUGGUUCCCUAUCUUCUUCCCCCUCAAGAAACCCCUUUACUUCCCAGCUGAUACCGAGCUCGAGGUCAGCAUGUGGCGUCAAACAGACGAUACCAAGGUGUGGUAUGAGUGGCUCGUGGAGGCCUACACAUGGGUUGGAGCGUCUACGCGCGUCAAGGUUGCUUCAUCAGAUUUGUGCAGCAGUCGCCAGGUCGCGUGUCUGAUGUAA